AGCUCACCAAUGCGUGCGUUAUACGAAGCUCCACAUCAUUUUCUCAACUGAUCGAUCGGAGACUUCACCUCUCAUCGCCGGUGGUUAUCAUCGUCUCUUAAAGUUCCGACCUUUUCCUCGCCGCAAGGAAAGAUGCUCGCUUGACAACGAAGAAUCUCCACCCUCCAUCUUUACCCCUUUCGCUCAACAAGGAGGAGAGAAGGAUGUCGACACCAGCGAGGAAGAGAUUGAUGAGGGAUUUCAAGAUAACAACAUUAUGCUCCUCAAGAUAACAACAUUAUGCUCUGGAACGCUGUUAUUUUCGGGCCUGAUGAUACCCCAUGGGAUGGAGGUAAGGUUUUUUGUUAUUGUAGUAGUCACUUAUCUUGAGUUUUUUUUGGCAAUCUUUAGUACUGUAUAUGUCUUUUGUAUGAUUUUGUCAGGUACUUUUAAACUCUCGCUGCAGUUUUCUGAAGAUUAUCCGAAUAAACCACCAACGGUUCGGUUUGUUUCGCGGAUGUUCCAUCCAAAUAUUUAUGCUGAUGGGAGUAUAUGCUUGGACAUUCUCCAAAACCAGUGGAGUCCUAUCUAUGAUGUCGCUGCUAUACUUACCUCUAUCCAGUCAUUGCUCUGUGAUCCUAAUCCGAAUUCUCCUGCGAAUUCCGAAGCUGCGCGAAUGUUCAGCGAAAGCAAACGUGAGUACAACAGAAGAGUCCGCGAGGUUGUGGAACAAAGCUGGACUGCUGACUAGUAAAUAAUAAUCCUUGUUGUAGCAUUUGUCUUCAUAAACAUUGAACCUCCUCUCCUCUGUUUGUUUCCACAAACACUUGCCUUUUUCUCUUUUUCUUUCCUGUUUUUGUGUUUGUUGUCAAACUCUGUGCCUUAACCACAUUCCUCUUCAUGAUUAAUGAUUAUCAUUAUUUC